CGGUGCCUAAUCGCCAGCACUGACAUUUUCGAGAGUUUUGAUAUUCCAGGAGUAGAUUCGUCAUGUAUUCGACGGGGAAGUGUUCAUUUAACUGGUGUCACCGCUGAAUUUCGUAAUAAAUUGAUCAUAGAGUAGUCAUCGUAGAAAAUAGCCCAGUUACCGCACUCCAACAAUUAGGCACCGCAAUGUUUAUCAACACGAAAAGCUGUUUCCUCCUGUGGAUGUUUAUUUGGGGAUUAGCGAUGGGACAUUCUGAUAAUACUCUGGAGGCUUCUGAUACGACGAAUAAACAGGACUACGUGGAUCCACACUCCUUUUAUUACAACAGACAUGAACAAAAAGAAGUGCGACGAGAAAUUACGUCUGUCCAACAACAAUCGCAGUCAUCAACUUGUAAACAGACGUUCAAUGAUAGCAACGGUGGAAAGUUGAAAGACCUUCCUGAUGAAUUGUUCUCACGAAGAUUAAUCAAUAAACUAUUGUCAAUCGUCACUUUCGAGGAAGACGAUGGCCUUUUGAGCGGUAACAUCGUUAUGGAACUGACGAGGGCUGAGUUAUCAAGACUGAAAAAUUUCGGUGUUGGUAAAACCACUGUGCGAGAAGUAGAUGCCAUGAUUUCUAAUGUUUUUCGUGCACCAAAGACCACUGUUUUUAUGGAUAUUUAUUCAAUACUGCACGGUUUUUCGUUAAGAACUCAUGGAGUGUAUUAUUCGUACAUCUGGCCAUAUAGGGAAUUGAUUUUAGCAGUUGUCGCGCUGGUGCAGAUUACGUGGCUUCUAGUGAGAACGAAAUGGACGUAUUUGAAGAUGUUUUUGCUAUUUUUAACAGUAACCUUUAUUGCUAGUUUCAUCAUCACAUACUUCAAGCUUCUAAAGGACGCAGAAAUAAAAUUGACAGCCAAACAGUUUCGUUUCAGCGAGAUGCCAACCCACUGUCAACCCCAUAAAAUGUCUUGGUAUCAGAAACUCUUCUCAUUUUUCUCUUCUGAUGACCACUGUAUCCAAUAUUAUGAAGCAAUGAUGGAAGAUCACAGAUUCCACGUCACUCCAGCACAAGUAUUAUCGCGAGUAAUGGGUACACUUAUUCUUGAGCCAGCUGGAUUAAUUGGAGGAGCUCUGGCCGAUUUCGUUCAUCAUUCCACACGUCACAUGCCAUCCCUAGUUCAGUGGCUUGUCGAGGCGCUGCUCAUCAUUGCCAUAAUUGCAGCUGUUAUAAUAGGAAUAGUGUUUGUUUUGAGUACAUCCAUGAAAUCCUUAGCACUGAGUCCAUUUUCAGCUAUAUGGAAUUCGAGAACAGGGCACUAUCACGAAACUCCAACCGGACAUAUUACCAGUAAGGGAAUGAGAGAGCCCAUCGAAGUUAUCUUGAACUUAAAAGUGUCGACAGAUACGCCAGGUCCAAUGAAAAUUACCCACAAUAGCAGUAAUCAGGAACUUCCGAAAAUAGAGCAUAAAAUAAAGUCACUGGAGGAAUUGGAACCUUCGCCUGGUGGUGACGCAGAUCAAUUGAAUUCUUCAUUGGUAAAAGUAUCAUCUUCGAGAAAUUUAUCCCAGACUGAUGAUAAAUCCAAGGACGAAAUACUUCAUGAGAUUAAUCAUGCUGGAGGUGAUGCUGCCUCCAAAAAUAACCGACGAAGAAAGAGAGGAAGUAGAACCGUUGUUGUUGAAACAACAGACACUGAUGAUAACUGAAUCGACCAGAGUUGUGCAUGAUAGCAUUUCGAGAGUUUUUUUCUUGAAGUAUUUAAUAUAAGAUUAUUGAAUUGUGAUAUACCGCUUGAGUCAUUCUCGAAUUCCUUUGAUUGAUUGAAUUUAUUGAAACGAUUGACUGUCCCAUGUCGAUUGUGUUAUCUUGGGCAUUAUGAAUUACUAAGCUGCCUGGGACGAUGAAAUUUUUCAUCAGGAGUUGAAUCUGUAUUUUUAAUAUUGAAAAAUAAAAUUAUGAAAUUGUA